GUUUGGAAUGCUUUAUCCUGCAUAUUAUUCAUACAAAGCUGUGAAAACAAAAAACGUAAAGGAAUAUGUUCGGUGGAUGAUGUACUGGAUUGUUUUUGCUCUCUAUACUGUCAUUGAAACAGUAACAGAUCAAACAGUUGCUUGGUUUCCCUUGUACUAUGAGCUGAAGAUUGCUUUUGUCAUAUGGCUGCUCUCUCCCUAUACCAAAGGAGCAAGUUUAAUAUAUAGAAAAUUCCUUCAUCCCCUUCUUUCUUCAAAGGAAAGGGAGAUUGAUGAUUAUAUUGUACAAGCAAAGGAACGGGGAUAUGAGACUAUGGUAAACUUUGGACGGCAAGGUUUAAACUUAGCAGCUACUGCUGCUGUCACUGCAGCAGUGAAGAGCCAAGGAGCAAUAACUGAACGUUUAAGAAGUUUCAGUAUGCAUGAUUUAACAGCUAUCCAAGGUGAUGAGCCUGUGGGACAAAGACCAUAUCAACCUCUAUCAGAAGCAAAAAAGAAAAGUAAACCAGCCCCCAGUGAAUCAGCAGGUUAUGAAAUUCCACUGAAAGAUGGAGAUGAGAAAACAGAUGAAGAAGCGGAUGGGCCAUAUUCAGAUGAUGAGAUGUUAACACACAAAGGGCUUCGAAGAUCGCAAAGCAUGAAAUCUGUGAAAACGGUCAAAGGCCGCAAGGAGGUGCGGUAUGGGUCACUAAAAUAUAGAGUGAAGAAGAGACCACAGGUGUAUUUUUAGUCAUCUACACUUCAAAUAUCCCAAGACAAAUUAUGCUAAUGCAUCGACUUUAUUGUCUAACAUGAUGUAUUCAGGAUUUACACAUUAAAAUUAUUCUUUAAAUUGUGGCAAUGAUAGGAUUUACUUUCAUGAAUUUAAAUAGUUUUUAUUUCUUUAACAGUUGCUUCCAAAUAUUUACUACUAAAGGUAGUUGUGCAAUGUUUAUUAAUAUAUAUAUCAGAAAUCUUAGAAAAUAGUGCUGUUUUCAAAUUCAUAAACAACAUUGAGUGCCUGGGAUAUAAUUUGAAACACAAACCCACAGUAUACUUGAAAAGAGUCUUAAUGGUUCAGGAUACACCAGCCUUUGUGGUUUUGUAUUGCAUUUACCUUCAUUCAUGUUAUAUCUAUCACAUGAGUAUAGUAAUUAAAUAGACCUCUGAUCUGGCAGUGAUAUAACAAGGACAUAAUGUAAGAUAAUAAAGUAUGUUUUAUAUAUUCUUCAAA